AUGCUGACCGGACAACAGGGCUCUAUCUACCUCAUCGGCCAUUCGAUCUAUGCUAUAUACUUUCACCCUUUGAGCCGAUAUCCAGGACCCAAAAUUGCUGCUAUAUCCCCAAUUGCGCUUCUUGUCUGGGAGAUUCGUGGCAAAGUGCACUCAAAAGUCAAAGAUCUUCAUGACAGAUAUGGCGACGUGGUCCGCAUUGGUCCCAAUGCACUCGUCUACCGAACUCCACAGGCCUGGAAGGAGAUAUACGGACACAGAACGAAAAAGGGCCAAAGAACAUUUCCCAAGGAUCCUUCCCUUUAUGUCCCGACACCUAAUGGCGUGAACGCAAUCAUCACAGCGGCAGAGUCCGAUCAUAUUCGCAUGCGGCGGCUCCUUGCCCAUGCAUUCUCGGACAGAGCCCUAAGGGAGCAGGAACCGCUACUGCACAUUUAUGCGAAUCUUCUCGUCCAAAAGCUGCGAGAGCAACUGCAUCAUUCGCGCUCGGAGGCCGUCGAUAUCACCAGAUGGUACAACUACACCACGUUUGAUCUCAUCGGUGACCUCGCUUUUGGCGAGCCGUUCCACUGCCUGAAAGAUAGUAAGUAUCACUGGUGGGUAUCCAUCAUGCUUGAUGCAGUCAAGCUCAGCGUCUACCUCAAGAUUCUUUGGUUCUUCCCCUUCCUAAGCCCCUUGACGAAGCUGCUGGUCCCGAGCUACCUGCAUCUACGACGAGAGGCAAGUUUCCAGUUGACCGUGGAGAAAGUCAGCCGUCGGUUGCACAGACAGACAAACCGCCCAGAUUUCAUCUCGUAUAUCCUCAGGCAUAAAGACGACGAGAACCGCAUGUCGCGGCAAGAAAUCGACGCCAACGCUGCGACUUUGGUUCUGGCCGGCAGUGAGACCACGGCUGCAUUGCUGUCUGGGUGUACCUUCUAUCUUUUGAAGAACCCUCGUGCCUACCGGCGACUGGUGACUGAAAUCCGCAGCAGUUUCCAAGACCCAUCGGAGAUUCGGUUGUCGUCCAUUGCCACGCUUUCUUACCUCAAUGCCGUGCUGGAAGAAAGCCUGCGGAUCUAUCCUCCAAUUCCUGCGAUGUUACCACGGCUUGUUCCCGAUGAGGGAGCGAUGAUACAUGGAGAAUACGUGCCUGCUGGGACAUCGGUCUCGAUAUCUCUCUGGUCGAUCUUCCACUCGAGCGCGAACUUCCACAACCCGGAUUCCUUCAUGCCUGAACGCUGGCUCGCACGUCCUGAGGAAGAAAUAAAUGGCCGGUUCGCUAUGGACAGGAAAGAGGCUUUUCAGCCCUUCUCAUACGGGCCUCGCAAUUGUCUUGGCCAACACCUAGCAAAUGCGGAAAUGCGACUCAUCCUAGCCAAGGUCUUCUGGCAUUUAGACAUGGAACUAUGUCCUGAAAGCGGUGACUGGGCUGAUCAGGAAUCCUACAACUUGUGGAAUAGGCCUCCGCUGAAGGUAAUGAUCUCUCGCGCCGAUGGCCGAUAUGAAGAAGACAGCAUGGAAUAG